GACGUCAUCUCGCCAUUUUCAGAGACCGCAUGCGACCCGAACUUGAUUCCAAGGUGCUUGUGCCAGUCGAAAGCUCCCUUGCUAGCCACCGAGACGUGAUCAUGCACCCUGUGGCCGGUGACCGUCUAUGAUGCGUACAAAGGAGUAUCGAGGGCGCUUGUCGACUGGCUGUGAGGCCUGCAGGACGCGACGCGUGAAAUGCGACGAGGCUAGACCAGUGUGUGCACGAUGUCUCCGGGCUGGUCUCCACGAACAAUGUCGAUACAGGGACUUGUUAGAGAUAUCCUUUCGCAACGAGAGCGUGGAAACUGCCAACAAGGCGAAGAAGAAGUGGAGGACAAGGGCUAAGGCGUUCUGUUCCAAGGACGCAGACUUCGACACUGUCGACCAGGAAGCUGCCAGUCAAGAUGGCGGUUCCCCAAGUACGAGUAUCGUGUCGUCGCGCCAGUCGACUCCAUCGCUGACUGUGCCACUGCGUGACAACAUCGUGGACGCGGCAAUCAGCCGCUUUUUCUUUGACUACGUCUUGCAAGAUGAGUGGGACGGUCGACCCGUCGGCAUCUGGGACUAUGUACCCCGGAUUCUUUCGCAUUCACCAACCGCAUGCAGUCUGCGGGAAGCCAUGUACGCCGUUGCACUAGCCAACUUCGACAGACGCACGCAUUUCGUCAUUGAGGGAAAUAAAAUGAACAUGGAAAGACAUUAUGGCAACGCUCUGAGACUUGUGGGGAAAGAAAUUGAAGAUGCAUCUACUUCAUCCUCCGAGCAACUGCUCAUCGCCGUGCAAAUCUUGGGCGUUUACGAGCAAAUGUCAACAGGAGGGAACAAUCCGACCUUCAUGCAGGCACAUGCGAAUGGGCUUGCCGCCCUGCUCAAGAACCAUGACAUACCAAUCGUCGAGAACGACUAUCGUUGGCGCAUGUAUCAAAGCAUCAAUGUGCAGUUGCUGACGACAAGCUUGAGGCUAGGCAUUCCUUCAUUUAUACCUUAUGCUCGAUUGAAGAGCUUUUACGAAGAGUCUCCAUACUCGAUCGUACAUGCGACAGGCCUCGUGCACAAAGCUGUCGAUCUCUUGGCUUUAUGGAACGCGUAUCAAUCGUCCCAGUUCGGAACAGCACGGGCAACUCCUGAUACCGGCGAUGGCGAAGAAGAGCAGACUCCUUUGCUUUUGCGGCUCAUUGACAUGGACAUGGCUUUUGAUGCCUGGGAGGAUAACGUGCCCGCAGUCGCAACCUUCUUUACGUACGAAACGUCGGCAACCUCAGCGCAGCCAAAAUGGCUUCAGCACCUAAUGACUCAUCCGGGGGCGCCUCGGUAUUCGCACACAUACAAGAACCUCGCAGUCAUCUAUACGUGGAGCAUGUGGCGCAUGACACGGAUGCGGGUUGCCCAUGUUUUGUUGACGGCAGGUUCAAAAGUACCUCAUGCGGACGCAAGAAGAUACAGACUGACGAUCGAGCGCAUGGCAACCGAUGCAUGCCGCUCCAUAUUGCCCAUCUUCUCGAUGCGCGUCGAAUCAAAGCCAUUUGCUGGAAGUAUAGACGAGGUUUGCGGCUUUCGCCCGUACCUAGCCACGCUACCUCUCAGCAUGGCUAAAGAGACGUUGCGCGAGCUUCCUCCAACCGCGGAGAGGUGCAAUACAAUGGCGUGGAUUGAGGACGUGCUUGCCUUUUCCAUCAAAACGUUCCAUAAAAAUCGACCUGCCGGAUUCAUGAUUUCGACGUGACUCAACCAAGUAGCAAAGGCUUUGUCAUGAGUGCAUCGCGGGCUUGAUCAACUCUGAUGAACGCUCCACAUAUCGCACGCAGUGGUGGCAGGACACAAGCGACAGGAUGGGAGCGUGAGAAUUGAGGCCAUUCGUAUUCCGCGAGAGCAUGAAGAUUGCAAUCUGCAGCUAAGAUGCAACGGCAUGUACGUCCUGAGAACAAGCACGUAUUAUAGUUUUGCACAGAUCUGCAAGAAAUUCAACGAAGGACGUUCGUUUGCUCCCGCUAGCCGAAGCUUGGCCUGGAGAAAACGGAAAGGGGUUGGUGCCUGACCAAUCAAACAUGAGGGAUCGGCGCUCACAACUGCCGAUUGUGGUCAUCAC